AUGGGCAAGAAGCCGGGAAAGAAGGAGGAGAAGCAAACCAGGCGCUGUGCGGUGAUCUCCUUGGCCCUAUCAUGGAAGCAGCACGCGGCCAGGUCGCAGUGGGAGGGGAAGCACCCGGAGCCGAAGUCAAGAGUUGAUGAGCGGAAGGUGCUGGCGACAGUGAAGCUGCUUGGACCUAUGAUCUGUUGGUCCGACUGGCGUUUCCCGGACAUUCCUCAUACUGUAGAUGUCGCGACCAUCUUUCACCCAGCCGGUGAAAUCCUUCCAGUCUUAAACCGAGUGUUUCACACACUGUACAAGGUCUGCAACUUGCUCGAGUUCAAGCUCGACUGCAGCCCUUCCACAAAGAUCUCCUUCAUAGUUGAUCGGAUUGUCGACCGCCAUGGUUCCUUGGCCUCUUUGGAGCAUGUGAGCAUCAUUGCGGAUAUUCUGGUUGAACAAAGCUGUUAUUUCAACACCGCAGGUGGGUCCAUCAGUGACUUGUCGGUGUGCGUAAACCGCUUUCACCCAGAGGAGGUCGUUGGAAGAGUGCGGUACCGAGUGUUCUGGCUCCGACGCCACGAGAAUGACAGCUCCCAGACUAUGUCCUAA